GAGAGGAAACAUUAACCAUUGUGUAGACUUUUCAAUAGACAAAAUAAACACUGCAGAGGAAGAAAACCAUUUCAUCCAUCAGAAUGAAGACAGUUCCUCUCCUUUUUUGCCUUUUAUAUGGUUGAGUGGGAUGUAUGGACAGGUUUGUAAAAGAGGAAGAGGCAGGAAAAGCACCUUACUGAACACAACAGCAGCAGAGAGUGUGACAGUGUGAGCUGUAGGUAAACUUUGAGAUGAUGAUGGGAGCAGCCUGGAUCUCAUGGAGAACAACUAUGACCGUCAUCAUCACAGCAUCACAAAUCCCAGCUCUGAUGAGUUUCAGAACCAGAGACGUGACCGGUGUGGAGGGUCAGACGUUCAGCUUCACAUGUGAAUACCCACAGAGCUGGCAGAGCAACGCCAAGUACCUCUGCCGUGAGGACGACAAUGACAAUAUACUGAUACACACAGAUAGACACAACCAGUGGGAGACAAACGGGCGCUUCUCCCUGUACGACAAUACCACUGGAGCCUUCUUACUGGUCCAAGUGGACAGACUGGUCCAAGAGGACGGUGGGAGAUACCGAUGCGGGGUGCACGUCGACUUACAACCGGAUCAUAUCAGUGUCAUACACCUGAACGUCUCUCAAGCAAAGCCUCCAACAAAUCUGACUCGUCACAUAAAUGAAGUAUCCACAACAUCCACAGACGUGAAAGUGGACAAGCUCAACAUUUCCCUGUUCCUGACUGCAGCGAUGUGUGCGGCAGCCAUACUGUUUGUGUGUCUGUUCACACUGUGUCUCCUGUGCGCUGUUAAACACCAGAGAUCAGGCCCACGCCAGAACAGAGAGACAUCAGGAGACUAUGAGACAAUGACGCCUGGUGAGGGAACUGAACCUGAACCCCGCUGCACCUGUUCAUCUUCGGACUGUGCUGCUCUCUCAGCUCCAACGCUGCCACCUCCUGACCUCUGCCCCCACUCCACGUCAAAGCACCGGGAAUCCACUGUCAGUCUCGGCGAAUAUGCUGAAGUGGAUGUACGAGGCCACGUCUGCCAGUACCAACAUCUGGAUCUCAGCCAGUUGGAGGAUCAUGUGUAUCACGCGCUCUGUGGUCCCAAAGAUGGACCCAUCCAGAUGAACUGUUGAUACCACUCAGUCCACCUCAAAACGUCCAUUAUAACUUUCUACUUUCUGAGAUACCUUCGUGCUAAUAGAGUAUUAAUAAAAUUAUGAUUUGUGGCCAAAACACACGUGUUUUAUAUGUUUUGAAUGAACCUAAACUGUUCGUUAACUAUAAUAAAUUCCAAAUUCAACAAUUCA